GUUGCCUCUUGCCCAUUGGUCCUCUCAAGCCACGGAGUCCUGCCUUCACGGUAUCCCGGAAGAACUCCGCUGUGGCUUCUACAAGCUUUCAUCCACUAUGGAAGGCCAAGUACCUUGGAGGCCCUGGUGCCAUGAGAUCCAGUUAUUGCCUUGGACCUUAUUUCCAAUGAAAAAGGGAUUAACACUGAGGGGCUCUUAAGGAGAGGGGGCAAUUACUGGCAUGAAUGAUGAGUGCCACUAAUGGGGCUGGGGUUCUUGUUGGCCUUACAACAGUGUCAGUCCCACUAGACUUUAGCCCACACAGUGGCCUGAUGUCCGGGCCACUGAGCCACAAUUUGACUCUGAAUCAGACUUCACCAACGUCCGAUCCUCUGAAUGUCUCUGAGGGGGCAGCAGCCCCUCGGAAGUCCAUCGGGGACAAGAACUGGCCUGCCCUCCUCAUCCUGAUCAUUAUCCUACUGACUAUUGGAGGGAACAUUCUGGUCAUCAUGGCAGUCUCCUUGGAGAAGAAGCUCCAAAAUGCCACCAACUACUUCCUGAUGUCCUUGGCAGUGGCGGACAUGUUGGUGGGCAUCCUUGUCAUGCCAGUUUCCCUCAUCACCAUUCUUUACGGUAAGUCACUGCCUUUGUUCAAGUUGAAGCCAGAUGGAGUGGGAGGACAUAGCCCUUAACUGGACAGCAGGUGGGUUUUUAAAGCCUUUUCUGACUCCUCUGAUUUCUGCAGGUAAAGACCUGCUCUGUGCAGGCAGCGAUGGUUAUUCCUCCUUCACAGAAGCCCUGACGAAGUUCUUAACUGAAGCACAUUGAGCCUAAUAAAUUAGAGCAGGAGUAGCCAAUUUGGGUGUGUGAGGUGUUAGGGGAGGGGUAGUGCCUUUGGUGGGGGACACAUUGUGCUCCUUCUGGGCUAGUUUGUCCACCUUUUGUCCCACCCUGCUCUCACCUGGGGCUCCCAGAAGCUAUGAGCAUGUGACAGCAGCUACACCCCAGGAAGGGCUUUGACUGCUGGCUAAACCAGUUGAGGGGAGCCAAUGGGUCUCAAACCCUCUGUGAGUUAAGGAAUUCCCUUGCAUGCCAAGACAGGCUCUGGAAGAUUGAGUGGAUGAGACCACUAAUGGGUCCAACAAUCAAGAAAGCGGUUUCUGCAUGUACUGUAGAGGGAAGUGAGGGGCAGAUGGGGCUCAUCAACCUGGAAAGGUACCUCAUCUAGGAGAAGGAGAACUCUGAUCCUAAAUUUCCACUGGCUUGUGGGAUAUCUUCAGGAGAUUAAAGGGCUCAGGAGUAAACCCUACACAAAUCCAGAGUGGAGUCCAUAAGAUGGUUGGAUGGCACCUUGUACGCCUCCUUCUGGGAACUCCUGCAGCCAAGCUGGUGCCAAAUGUAUUGCUCUGCUUUUCUUUGGACCACCUCAGCGAGAGCGAGAGAGGGGUCUUGUCGUCUGGGCAGCCCAGGAUCUUCAGACACACUGUCCAGGCUUGCACCCUGGGGAGGUAACUUUGGUGCUGCUGACACAAUCGUUUGACUUCACCCCUGGAGGUGCACUCACAGUGGCCAACCAGAAGCCCAUGAGCAUGACUUGAGUGCAACAGCACUCUCCCCUCUUGUGAUUCUAAGUAUAAUGCCUCUGGCAGCUGGGUAAAAUGGCCAUCAGGGCUAGAGUCUGAAGUGCACUCUGCCACCCCAGGACUUUCCUCUGCAUGUGUCAACUCAGCCCACACCUCUUGGGUAGCAUCCUGGCCCAAUACCUCUGAGGCUGACUGACUAUUGGCUGGCGACUAUUGGGGCUAGGAGGGUGGAAGACAAUGAGACCAACUGCAAGUGAAGCCAGAGCAAAAUGACAGGCAAGAGCCACCCACUGACCAGCUGUAAGUAAGGAAGCAGGUGGGGCAGGCUAAGAUGGGUGGGGCAGUACCCCCUUUGCCUUAAAGGAGCAGCUUCCAAUAGGAGGGCCUUGACAUUUUGCUAUGAACCAAAUGGAAAGUGCACAAGGAAACAGGGUGGGGAGGAGAGUGGUUUGAAUGUCCCUAGAGACAUAGAAUGUCUUGAGAGGUGGAAUAUAUAUAUAUUUAACUGAGUUAUGUCAGGAUUUGUGGGUAGGGGGAGUAUUUCUGCUAUAAAUCACACUUUGCUUUCUUUAGCAUUUCUGCUGAUUGGUGCUGCCCUCUAGCAUUCCUCAGAAUUACAGCAGACUGUUGAUGUCACUGCUGUGGUCUUAGAAUCCUGGAAGGUGUGCUGUCCCUCAGGGGGGCCGGCAAUAGCUUCCUGGCAGAAUACACUGCUUUAUGUGUGUCUGGUCCCUGAUUCAAUUCCCACCCAGCACUCCCAGCAUAAAGGCUCUUCAACAGCAGAACCAUAGAAAGUUCCUCGCCUUUUCUGGGCACAGCUCUACAGGUUCUCAAGUAGAGUGGACAUUGCUGGAGGAGAUGGGCCAAGGGUUUGGUUAAAUAUAAGGAAGCUUUGUAUCUGUGCGUUGAUGCCUUCGGGUAGUUCAGUUGGCCCUGGUCACAGGGUUGGCAUCAAGAUAGGCAUGGAAAUACAACAGGAAAUGGAAUGUGAAUAUACAGAACUGGACAUGAACUAAAGGAUCUAUAAUAAGAAAAUAAUUAUGGAAUAUUAUCCCAGUAUGUGAUCACAGUGGAGAGAUUUUAAAAUGGACAUGGAGGGAAGAAUUUACUAUCAUUCAGUGUGGAGUUACAGUGGUGGGAAUUAAUGGAGGUAAAGUUAAUAUUAAAGGGGAAAUAUGGUUGACAUUUACCAAUAAUAACAACAAUUUGGGAACCCGUCUUGGACUUUUAAUGGGAAAAAGAAAUGAAUGAUUCUAAAACACCUUGACUUAAAAGAAAUAUUGCUUAAUAGAAAGUGGAGAAGAUGGGUGUUAGCAUGGACUGAAUGUCUUACAUAAUCCUUUUUUGUUUAAUAUAACUAGCAAAUGGAAAACUGGAAGGACUUUUUGGUAGCUUUCUCUAAUGUUUCUUUUGUCUUUUUAUUUUCUUUCUUUCUCUUCUCUUCUCUCAUUGUCCCUUUCAUUCUUUUUUGUUUGUUUGUUUGUUUGUUUUCUUUCUCUGAAGUCCAUGUCUGUGGGCUUUAUUAAGGUCCAGAGUAUAUAUUCAUGGGGAUGGUAAAAGGUUGAUGAAGGACCCUGGGUAAGAGAUAUGGAAAUGUCGGUCUCCAAGUGAGAGCUGGGAGGAGUUACUAUCUUCUGUAGGUGGGGAGGGCUAAAAAUUAUUUUUAAGAGAGGACUCUGUAUCCUACUUGCAUUUUUUGUAGCAACUAUUUUAUUGUAUUAUGAAGACUUCAAUAAAAAAACCUCAUCAUUCACAAAGGAUGAUGAGGGUUCUAUUCAAGCUAGGCAUCCCUGAGCACUUGCCAAAGCCCACAGUGUCGUCCAAGGAGACCACCAUCAACCCCCCCAAGCCUCCUUGCUGUGCCAUCACUGCCUGUUCACGUGCCCUCUUCUAAGCAAGCAAGCAGGAACAUGGGUGAGGAGAGAGCAGCAGCCUUCACUUAUUUUGCACUCUCCUUCUGCCCAAUUCUGCAGAUUCAUCUCAGGAAACAGGCCAUGGGGUGCCAGCAGGGAGGAGAUGGGCUCACUGAGGAGGACCUCCUACUGAGGGCAUUGUGUUUAGGAGCUCUCUACAACCUAGGGUCAACCUAGGGUCAACCUAGAGGUUCCUAGGGAAGGCAGGCAAUAUUGAGUCAGAGAGAGCAUGCAACUUGGACAGCUCCCAGAGAAAGUGCCCAGGACCUUGGACAGCUCCAAGGAGCCCUGCUCAGGCUAUUGUAGCCAACCAAAGCCUUGGGUAGGCUGGAUGGAAGAGUUGGCUGGCCCUGGCCUUGAUUUAUUGCUUUUGCCUUCUUUACUAAGAUUGACACAUCUCCUGAGCCAGAGCAUGGUGGCAGGGCUGUGUUCUCCAGGGUUUGAGUACAAUUAUGGUGGUCAUCUCUCUGAGGAAAUAGCUGAACCUCAUCUGAAUCUCCCUGCUGUGCAGUGCAAAGUUCCUGGACCAUGGGUCACAACACCAGUGCAGUCCAGUUAAUGAGCCUGUUCUGCUCUGGCCAUGAACUCUCGCACUCCAGGACUCAUCAUGAAAUUCUUUCCCUCCUUAGCUAACCUCAUUUGGCAGGGUGCCACAUGGAGCGAUCUCACUCUGAUCUGCACAUGGUGGAAUGCAGCCUCCCAACCCCUUUUGGCCAGCAUCCAAAGCACCACACAAACUUGGUUCCCACUCACCCUGCAGAACACUGAGCAUGCAUUUCUAUAAGCACUACACCCCACCCAACACACCCACCAAUGCACCCUGGUGCUGUGCUUUGAAAUGUGGGGAGGUGGUGAUGUUUAAAAAGUCAGCUUUUGACAUGGUCUGGACAUUUACUGUUCCAAUGAAAUAAGUCCUCCACCCCCCACCCCAAAAACCCCAGGCUACCGCUUUGCAAGGGGUGGGAGAUGUACUUGCCUACUGUGGCUCUUAGGAUCCCAGCAGCUGCUGGAACAACCCACGCUUCUCCCUAGGGAGAGCACAGCAGGCUUAAGGAGCCUGGAUACUGCUUUAUGAUCCCUAUUGUUCCCAAGAAUGCCACCCCAAGAAGGAAGACCAACGCUCCUGCCCACAUGAGGACUAUAAAACCCACAGCUCCAAAGCAUGAACCACAUACAGAAAAUUACACAGAUGUGCCCCCCCCAAUCUUUAUCCAGGGCAAAACUAUAAAGGUAAAGGUAAAGGUACCCCUGCCUGUAUGGGCCAGUCAUGUCCAACUCUAGGGUUGUGCACCCAUCUCACUUAAGAGGCCGGGGGCCAGCGCUGUCCGGAGACACUUCCGGGUCACGUGGCCAGCGUGACGAAGCUGCUCUGGCGAACCAGCUCCAGCACAGCACACGGAAACGCCGUUUACCUUCCUGCUAUAAAGCGGUACCUAUUUAUCUACUUGCACUUAGGGGUGCUUUCGAACUGCUAGGUGGGCAGGAGCUGGGACCGAACGACGGGAGCUCACCCCACCAUGGGGAUUCGAACCGCCGACCAUGCGAUCAGCAAGUCCUAGGCACUGAGGUUUUACCCACAGCGCCACCCACGUCCCGGCGCAAAACUAUAAUUCACCCUUAAAAGAAAAAAUAACUUUUGGAACCUUUGGAGUGUCCCAAGUUGUUAACGGCUGCAUAUGCAGAUAUCUGAGCACAGGUAUUAACAGGGCCUUCCUCCUGUCAGUUAUCGUGCUGCAGCUUUCUGCACUAACUGCAGCUAUGAGGGAAGCCCCACAUAGAGGGUACUGCAGUAAUCCAGUCUUGAAGGAACCAGCACAGGAACUAUGGUGGAUGAACUUUCCCAGUCCAGUAUGGUGGCCAGGGACAAACCCAUUAGAAGUGGAGACCUGUAAAACAACAGCAGCAGUAAUAAAUCCUAAGCAAGCCCUUUGAUACCUGUAAAUCAGUCUCUCUCUGAACCAAAAUGCAUUUGGUCCAACAUCUGCUCUAAAGGAAAUUGCCACCCGACCUCCCACUUUGAAUAGCCGCCUCUUAAUUCCGACGGAAGCAUUAAGAGGCCCCUUAAUGCCCAUUGUGCCUUGAAGUAUUCAUGCACCUGGGCUUGUGUGGCUGGCUGCUGGCGCGUCUCCGUUUGUGUGGAAGAAUGAACAUUGGAAAUUGCGUCUCUGAGUUGCUUCUCUAGCUAAAAGGGUCUCAAGUCACAGGUGAUUAAAAAGGCUUUUCUCUGCUUUGAAGCCCUGGAGAACGAUUAUGAACCUGGAUAAAUACUGGGGUGCAAAAGACUCGUGAGUGUGGCUCUUUCAAGUCUCUCUAUCUGGCCCCUAGAUCUCUCUGCAGGCUGCAUACACUCUGUCCAGCCUUGCACCUUCCUUGAGUGGUUUUGCCUGACUGGGAUGUGUCUUAGAGCUUUGAUCAUGCCUCUUGCUCCCCUGGGCAGAGGAUAGAAAGAUGUCUGUGCAGAAGCUAGCCUAUUGUAGAAGUGUAAAAUUUGCAUUCAUUCAUCCAGCCACUUUGGCCUCUGGCCCUGCUCACCACUGGCCUGCAGCCUCUGAUGGUUGCUGAGAAGGGAACAUGGCCAUCAGGGUGAAAAAGUUUCCCCAGGUUCCAGAGACUGAACUUGGGGCCUUCUGCUUGCAAAAUGGAUGCUCUGCCACAGAGCUUUAGCAGUCAGGGUGAACCCUUGUCCAACAGUUGCACAUUACAAGGAUUUUGGCCCCUGAAACUUUUCCUAGGAAGCAGCUUGUCUUUCAGAGAUGAAUCUCACCUUUCAAAAGCUGCUUUUCAUUUUAUCAAAUGCCCCCCUGCACACAUAUUUUCUUCACCGUUUCCCCACAUGUCCUCACCACCACCACCCCCGCCUCCGGCACUUUUCUCUAUCAAAUCAGUAUAUAAAAACCAGAAGACAUCAUUUCACAUAGAAACCCCUCACACCCUGUGAGCAGGCUUUUGAAGGUGAAGGCCAUGGUAUUUCUGUUGGGAACAGCUGGAGGAAAUGUUCAGAGCUGAAACAAAAUGAAAGACUCCUGCUGGAAUCUUUGGGUCAUGCUGCUAGGCUUUGAAACAGGAGGGUGCUGAAGGGAAUGGGGUAGGGAUUGCAGUGGCCUCGUUUCUCCAAACUGCCCCCUUCUUCUCCUCCUCCUCCUCCUCCUCCAGCACAAGCCCUCAAGCAGCAAUGCUGCAGCUGAUGAAGGAGAAUGACCAUAGCAUUUCAGCUCUCUGUGUUGUGACAUUUUAAAUGCUGCCAUGUUGUGUAUGGGGUGUUAGGAGAGGGGUAGUUCCUCUGGUGGGGGACACAUCAUGCUCUUUCUGGAGGAGUUUGUCACCUUUGGUCCCCCCCCCCAGAAGGGGGGGUCCCAGAAGGUGUCAACAUGAGACAGCGGCCACACCCUGGAAAAUGGCUUUUAGUGGCUGGGUAAACCAGGUAUGGGGAGCUGAUGGGUCUCAGACCCUGGUGAGCUAGGAACUUCCCCUGCAUGCAAGACAGGCUCCAGCAGAUUGAGUGGAUGAUACCUAUAGUGGGCCCAAUAGUUAAGAAAGCAGUUUCUGCAUGUGCUGCAGAGGGAAGUGAGAGGCAGAUGGGGCUCGUCCACCUGGGAAGAAGGAAAACUCUGGUCCUAAACAUCCACUGCCUUGUGGGAUAUCUUUGGGAGAAGAAAAGGCUAAGAGACUCCAGCCUGAAACCCUGGGGCCCACUACCAGUCAGUGUAGAUGACACUGUGCUGGAGCCUGGAUGAACUGACAGCUGUGUAUGCACCAUUCACAGUUGCCCAUGACCCUGAACCUCUGAACCUCAGAUCUUCAGAAUCCAGAAGAGGCAUCCUGCUGAACCAGUCAAACCAGUUCCUUUGGUCUUAGCCAUUCAGCUAAGUACCCACCAUCAGCGUCUUAAAGACGUUGUUCUUCUGCCAUAGGGACAAAUGAGUGGGCCUUUUCACACCUCACCUGGCUGGAUGCCACAUUGUCCUAAGAUGGAGAGCCAUAGGUCAAAGGGGUCUGUGUGCAUGUAGGUUUUGGCUAUUGGGAUCUGGAUACAUAGAGGCUUGUCAUUCUCUGUGCUGGACCCAAAAAGCUAUGACCUGGGGAUAUCCCUGGGAACCUAAUGAGGGAGACAAGAUCUGUUCUAUGUCAGUUCUAUGAGACACUCCAUCCUAAGCUUAGCUUGUAGAUAGGUAUAAAUAAAAUAAUAUGCCCUAAAGACACCACAGUCUCCAUUAAUCUUCAUUCCUGGGAAAUCAUCAAAUCCUUGGUAAGUGCCUGGUACCUCUGAAAUCUCUGAAAUCUCUGAAAUCUCUGAAAUCUCUCUCACCACUUGGGAGAUUGGGUGUGUGUGUGUGUGUGUGUGUGUGUGUGUAUCCCUCUCAAAGUGCCUUCUAUACAAUAUAUAAGUGCAAAUAAAUCUACAAAACUCACAUCAAAUAAAAGUAAACAUCUUACAAAAUCAUCAUACUGCACCCAAAAAAAUGUAAAGCCAAAUAACUGGCUGGAAUAAUAAAAGAGUAAAUUGAACCAGCAAAGAUCGUUCAAUAAAACUACCUAUGAUUUGAAAAACAUUACAGGCAGUUAAAACCUUAUAGGACUGCAGCAUCUUUUACAAGAAAGCCAUCUGAAAGAGAAUAGGAAAAAGAAUAUUAAAAACAGCCUCUUCCUUUCAACUCCAUGUUUUAGCUUUUGUUAAGAUUAAAUUCUUCCAGUGUCUGUCAGGGUCCAAGCCAGCCUCCAGUUUGGUAUCCUUCAGAUGUUUCUGGUCCCCACAUCAUCCCUGACCAUUUCCUCUGCUGGCUGUUGCCAAAUGGGACUUGUAGUCAGGAACCUCUGGAGGGCAGCAUGUUGAGGAAGGCUCACUGACACCGACUGGCAGUGACUUCCAGAGCCAUGUCUUUUCCAGCUAUAUCUGGGAAAACCAGGGAUUGAGCGUGGAACCUUCUGCAUGCAAAGCAGGUGCUCUACCACUAGGGAAUGAGGGAAAAGUUCAGUUCAAUUCACAUUUAAAGACUAACUUUGAAAAUUUGCAUUUUCCAAAUGCAAAGCAAAACACAACUAUCCUUUGAAAGCCACACUUCUCUGAAUUUUGCAUUGAGUUCUCCAGUCAAACAAUGUGUACAAAAAUGCAUAUACAAGAACAAAGUGGACAUAUAAAUACAUGUGUUAGUAAAAAUAGCAUGCAAGGAUGCAUUAUAACUAGGGGAAAUUGCUUUGGAAAAAUGUGUUUACAGUGGUACCUCGGUUUAAGAACUUAAUUCAUUCUGGAGGUCCGUUCUUAACCUGAAACUGUUCUUAACCUGAGGUACCACUUUAGCUAAUGGGGCCUGCCAUGCCACCGCUGCGUGAUUUCCGUUCUCAUCCUGAAGCAAAGUUCUUAACCUGAGGUACUAUUUCUGGGUUAACGGAGUCUGUAACCUGAAGCGUCUGUAACCUGAAGUGUCUGUAACCUGAGGUACCACUGUAUUAGGCAGAUUGCAUAUAAAAAUGUGUAUGACAGAAAUUUGCCCCUAAAUGCUAAUGGGUAUUCAUGAUGAGUUAAAAACAAAAAAAUGCAAUCUGAUGCAGAAAUAUGGAGAAGAAAAGUUGGAAAAAACAAAAAGUAACAGAAACCUAUGUAUUCACCCAUCCCUAGCUACCACUGUCCCUUCACUUUGACAGCCCCAGUCAUCAGCUAACCUGGGUAGGAAUUAUGGAAGUUGGGGUCCAACAACAACAAUGUCUCAGGACCUAAGCUUGAAGAACAUUAACUAUGCUCAGUAUGCUUAGUGAUCAAUCACACAAGCAACAGCUAGCGCUGACUAUAUGAAAGUGAUGUGUCUCCUAGGAUAGCUGUGAAUGGCUUGAGAUCCUAAUUGCAAAAGUGGUGCACUGAUUGCUGGACUUUGGAGAGAAGUCCAGGAUCCCUUGGGCUAGGGAGGUCUCAGGUGACCAACUAGAGAGCAGCUGAUGAUGUGGUAGUGGCAAACUAGCCAGCCUUAGCACCAGAGCUGGCCUGGGCAUGGCAAUGCUCACUUGGACUAGCUCUGGUUGGCACAACAUCCUCCCUCCCUUCCUUUAAAAAAGAUUGUAGCCUGAGGCUGGGUACAUACAUGGUUGCAGAUGCUGGUUUCGUUAUUCUUACUUUAAUAACUUAUUAGCCUUUUCUACAAUGGGAUUGGGCUUAUUCCCCAAUAAAUGUGCUUAGCAUCUGAAGCAAACCUGGUUUUCUUCCUUUAGUCAUGAUGGUGCUAUGAUUUGUAUGAGAUUAAAAUGCAAAAGUGCACAUACCUUUCUUUUAAAAAACAAAAAUCUGGAUUGGCAAGCUGUUUUUCUUUUCUUUUUUCUUGAUCCUUUUGCUGUGAUGUACCUGGAAUGUAGAAGUUGGGACAGGCUGGAUGAAAGGAGAGAUAUGCCAAUUGUGUGCUUCAGAAAUGAAGUAAUGCAUAUUCCAGGGUCUAAAAUUACUUUGCUUCAAAACUAUUAAUAAGCAAGAAUGCUUAACAGAGAGAGAGAGAGAGAGAGAAAGAUACGGUAGUUUCCCCCUCCCUGACCUAAAAGCGUGCAUCUCUGAACAUAUUCCUUUAUGCAAGGGGGUGGGGGGCUUGCUUCCCCACUUGAAAACCAUUAUCCUGGAGAACGUAUUUUGCUGCUAGUGAUGCUCCACUUUGCACAAGGAAGUCUAGUUCUCUUCUGUUGAGUCUAAUGAAGUCAAUUAAGCAUUUUUCGCAUCAAGCAUUUGCUUGGACACCCUGUUCUUCUCAAAAGCAUCUCCCUCCCCUUUUCUAAUAUGUUAACAUAAAUUGUGUCAGUCAGUGCCAUGAGCCCAUUACAUCAGCAGCCCAAGUCAAUUAAGUCACUGCCCUCCGCAACGUUUAUCAGUUAACCUUCUCUUCUUCUUUUUCUUUUUUCCUUCUUUUUUUUUGGGGGGGGGUAAUGUCUUGCACUAAUGGACAACUUGCAUUUGACAUCCUUUAAUGUUUUCUGUAGCACGCAAUUCCUGAAGGACUAAUUAAAUAAGCAUGUUAAUUAAUAGAUGGUGAGGUACAGAGAGCAGCAGAUAAAAGCUAACUGUUGGCUUACAUGGUUGGAGUCACGUUUGACAAUUGUAUUAGGAACUGAACCAUUGGCAAGAACUGAACAGGGAAUCUCUUGAGCAGGUUGUGGAUUCAGCACUCUUGUUAGGAAGGGGUAUCUUGGGCAUCAUUGCCAAAGUCAGUCUUUCACCAUUUUCACAUGUUACAGAGGGCAAACUCAGGUUGCCAACCAUCAGUCAAUCCUCAUUCCCCUGAGGAGCAUUCAGCUGUUUGGCACACUCAGCUGCUACAAUUUUAAGCAGCUUAAGGCGGGCAGUGAUAAAUAUUAGGUGCAAAGAGGCACUUAAGCAGGAGUGAGAGGACCUUUGUUUUCCACACAGAUGUUCUUGGACUCCAACUCCCAACAGCCCCACCCAGCAUGGCCAGUAGUCAGGGGUGAUGGGAUUUGCAUGCUGGUAGGUGGUUCCCCAUUUUCAACACACGGGGAAUGUGCAGACAUCCAGGUUUGUUUGUUUUUUAUUUGACAGAAGUGGGUGCAGCCAAGUGGGUUUUACAGCUCUGCUUCAACCUUGAUUCACUUCUUGGUGUGUCAUGUAUUUCCUACCUGGAAUGGAAUAGUGUUCGUCUUCAGUUCCACCAAUAUCCACACAGAGCUGUGUCCAGAGUUAGUUGUACAGUUAGGCAGAGUGGGCUGAUUGGUAAGGAAGGGAGCACAGAUGGAUUCAACUCCUUCCCACCAUUCCUCCUGAGACUUUUGGUUGUUCCCCUCUGUUGGAGGACAGAGCUCUGUGUCCUGUACCCUCCAAGCAAGCCUUCCAUGACCAGUGUCAAAUUACAAUUCAGCUGCCAGUUCAGUUGGUUUCAGUAAACUGAAUGGGGAAACACCAUCAUUUCCAUUGCCUCAGGCAGCAAAAUUUUUUUUAUUCAUUACUCGUUUAUUGCAUUUCUAUCUCACCUUUUUCUCAAAGGAGCUCAAGGUGGCGCACAUGCUUCUCCUCUUCUUCAAUUAAUCCCUACAACAGCCCUGCGAGGUAGGUUAGGCUGAGGGCAGUGAUUGGCCCAGGGUCUCCCAGUGAGCUUCAUGGCCGAGUGGGGAUUUGAACCCUAGUCUCCCAGUCCUUAGUUUGACACUCUAACCACUACACCACACCGGCUCUCUAUGAAAUUUCCCAGGUUUGGCUGCAUCCAGUAAUUUGAGGAAUGAGGAACGCCUGUGUCCGCCCCCGAUUUUGUUGGACUGCAACUCCCAUCAGCUCUAGCCAAGAUGGCCCACCGUUGGGGAUGAUGAGAAUUGUAGUCCAACACCAUAUCAUGCCUCUUUGGGUGCUGCUUUUGCUUAAUUAGAAAAAAAAGUUAAAAGGGGGAUUGUUUCGCCUUAAAUUGAUUUUUUAAAGGGGGGAAAUGCAACUAUAUUAACUGUCCCUUAAGGACGAGUUUUAUGAUAUUACAACGCAGUACAAAAGUGUUAAUAAUGUUUACCCUCAGGCCUCUUGAAAUUGAAAUCAAUGACUCAGUGAGUGUCAAACACAACUGAGUUAAAGCUUGGUGUGUGUGUGUGUGAGAGAGAGAGAGAGAGAGCGCGCGCAAAUAAAUCAAGAGGGAAAACAGUCUGGUUCACAAAGUACACUGAGCCACGGCUUAUUAAUCUGUGAUUUGUUUGAUCAUCCAAACCUUCCGCAGCUGCUUAACUGUGGCUUAUUUAGUGCCAACAAACCACAAUGUGAAGCCUAGCUUGAUCAUGGCUUACAAACCUUGGGUGGCUUUAACUAUGGGGUGGUAUUACUUGUGAGCACAGUGCCCUUCCUUAGCCAUUAGGCCACCCCACCCCAGUGGCUGACAAAGAUGCAAAGGCACAAGGCAAGAGCAUCUGGAAAACAAAGCAAACUUUGCAAAACUCGUGGGGGUUGGGACAAUUCAUGGUUUGUUAAGCAAACUAUAGACUGAACAAACCAUGGCUUACUAUUCAGUGACUUGAAGUCAAACAUCAGUGUGGUACAACUGGCCAUGUAUUUAAAACCCAGCCUUCCCCAGCCUGAUACCCACCAGAUGCUUUAGACACCAGCAAUCAUCAUUCCUUAACCUUGGUCAUGCUGGCUGGAUGUGAAGCACUGGCUGGUAGGAAAGCAAGUGCUUUAUCUUAGAGCAUCCUUUUCCAAACUGGGGGCCUCUGAACUAACAUCAUCCCUACUAAAACUGGCUUGGACUGACAGGAGUAAGAGUCCAACAAACAUCUAGAGGCCAGCAGGUUGAGGAAGGCUGCUGUCACAGGAGUGUGCUAAUCAGUAAUCACACAGUUCAGAGUUGGAGUUAACUAAUUAUUAGCAAAACAUGAUCUCCACAGACUUGGUUGAGUAGCAGGCCCAAUGAACAGAACAGCUCAUCCCCAGUAGCCUUACUCCUUGAAAAUCAGUUGCUGAGACUGAAAGUCCCCACCUCCUCACAGCCAUCUAAGUCCGCUCCUUUCCAGGGCUUUCCCCAAGCAAUAGGAGACAGUGGCUGUGUGCAGCCAACCUCUCCUCUGCCCUUUUCAUGCCUCUUUUGGUUCUGGAAAACCAGGGGGGAGGGGAGCUUGUUGCAGCAGGAGGGUGAGGCACCAUUGUCUCUUCACCAGCCUGACUCAUCUCUGCCUCUCGACCUUCCUCCUACCCUACUUCAGCUUCUUCCUCUGCCACAGAGUCUCCCAGCUUACUAAACCCUGUUGCCUCUUCAGCUUCCAACACCUCCUCCUCCCAGGCUUCUCACUGUUGUCCCGCCACCACUCCCCAGGCUCCGAGCCUUUCUUCCCUUGGUGGUUCCCCAACUGGUGCCUCCCACCAUUUCUCUGGGCCAACCAGUCCACAACAUCUGCUUUGGUUAAAAAAAAAAGGAAAGCACACCCUCUGGUGGCCUGGGGUGGUUUGUGGUGUGGUCAUUACAGCAGAAAGACGGGUCUCAUAAGCACAGAGGAAGCUGCCUCAUACUAACUCAGACCAUUGGCCCAUCUGGCUCAGUAUUGCCUAGCAGUGUUUCUCAAACUUGGGUCUCCAGUUGUUGUUGGACUACAACUCCCAUUAUCCAUAGCUAAUGGGACAAGUGGUCAUGGGUGAUGGGGACAACAGCUGGGGGCCCAAGUUUGAGAAACAAUACACAGUGGCAGUGGCUCUCCAGGGUUUCAGGCAGGCAGUAUUUCCCGGUCCAACAUGGGGAUGCCAUCAAGGAUUAAAUCUGGGACCUUCCACAUGCAAAGUAGAUGUUCUACCAUGGAACACUUCCCCUAAGCAGUGGUUUCUGAUUUUGGUUCAGGGGCAAGGUAUGGUAGCUCUUCAGAGUGUCUGGCAGGUGACACUCCCAUCGUUACCUGGAGAUGCCAGGGAUCGAACCUGGGAUCUUCUGCAUGCAAAGCAGAUGCUCUACCACUGAGCUGCAGCCUCUACCCAGAGGACUUAGAAGUGUUGGUGAAGAGCUAUGGUCCAUUUUCACACUUACUUGCCAUUUGCCUGUGUUUGCCCCUGUUGCACUUCAUAUCCAUCAAGGCACUUCCAACCCCUCAUUUUCUCUUCAGUGACAGAUGCAAGGCUUCAAAGCUCCAGAUUUCCACUUCCAAGUGUUUUGCCGACAAUCAGCAUGACACACAGCUUGUGUUUUUUCCUUGUUGCUUGCUUUUUGUGGCUUCCUCAGCUGUGAUACCCAUUUGCCUCUUUGGAUUUUGACUUUCCAAUAGGCACCGUAGUUCAUGCUUUCUGCUGGAUUUAUUGCAGCCAAGGAAGGAGUGAGGGGCAUGAGUGAAAUGCAGCUGUGAUUUGCAGCAGUUGGGUUUUAAAAUACUGGAAAGCAAAAUAGCGUGUUAAUUUGAGUAUGCCUAACUCAUGUUUCCCCAAAGUAUGAAACACAGCUGUCCUUCGAAACUUGCACCUCUCAAAAUUUUGCAAUGCAGUUCUCUAGCCAAAAAAAUAAAGCGUACAGAAAUGCAUAUAUUGGGAGUAUUCUCCAUUAAAAAUGCAUAUAUUGCUGAAAAUAAUGUACAAAAGUAAUUUGUAUCAGUAAAAAAUCUUGCAAAAAUGUUCAUACAGUGCUACCUCAGUUUUUGAGCAUCUCAGAAGCCAAACAUUUUGGUUUUCAAACACCAAAAACCUGGAAGUAAAUGCUUCCGUUUUCGAACACACCUCGGAAGUUGAAUGGCUUCCACUGCAUCUCCGCCCCCCGCCCCAUUUUCUCCAUUGACUUUACUGACCACCCUUUGCUCCUCGGUUGUUGAACGUUUCAGAAGUUGAACGGUCUUCUAGAAUGGAUUAUGUUUGACAACUGAGGUACCACUGUAUCAGGCAAAAUUGCAUGUGCAAACUGUACCUAUCAGGAGUAAUGCAUACUAAAAGGCUGCCGGUUUUUGUGAGGCCUUUUUCUAACAGCAACAACUAAAUAUCACAACUGAUGCAGAAAUUUUAUGGCCACAUGACCCUGAUUUCGUCUGAUCUCAGAAACUAAGCAGGGUCCAGCCUGAAGGGUACUUGGUUGGGAGGCCACUUGGGACUACAGGUUCAGUGGUACCUCGGUUUUCAAAUAUAAUCCGUUCCGGAAGACCAUUUGAGUUCUGAAACUUUCAAAAGCCGAAACCUCAAUAGCCGACAGCUAGCAUUCAGGAUCUUGCACUCAGCAGAAGCCGCGUGGCAUGUUCAACUUCCAAAAAGUGUUAAAAAACAAGCAUUUACAUCCGGGUUUACGGCGUUCAAAAACCAAAACGUUUGACUUCCGAGAUGUUCAAAAACCAAGGUACCACUGUAAAGUCUCCAACUGCCCCCAAAAUGCUGAGACUGUCAUGAAAACCUUUAAGCCACCAAGGUAUCUUAUUUUGUCACACAGAGUCCCAAAUUCCCAUCUUUGUUGAGGUACGCUAACUGGAAAUGGCUUCAUAUUGGGGGAAAAGUGAGUUGGUGACUGAGGCGGCCUUCUCCUCCUUCUCCUCCUUCUCCUCUUCCUCGUCUUCUUCCUCCUCCUUUGUCACCGCUCUUGGGAGUUGGAGAAGGAGGGGUGGGGAAAGAGGAAACAGUCUUGCACCAGGUCCUCAUAGGGAGGGAGCCAGGCAGGCUGUCCAGCUGGUGGUGGAGCAGCAGCAGCAGCAGGGAAAGGAAGAAGAAGGAAGAGCAAGGCAACAGGGAUGCCCAUGCCUCCAUCCCUGAUAUGGCAGGUCGUGGCUCUCCAGCCUGGCAGGCCCCCAGCCACUCAUCCAGCUGGCCAUGCUGAAUAAAAAUGAGAAGGAGAAAGUGAGCCAGGUCAGGCCUGAAGAGAAAGCAGCAGCUGGAGGAGACCCUAGGAAGGAGCAGGCUCGGGGGGGAGGGAUGUGCAAUGGAGAUGGGUGUUGCUGGUGGGGUGCAGGCAAGCCUAUGGGGGGCUGGAGUUUGAGGGGUGGGGGCAAGGAUGUUGUGGUGGUUGAGGGUGGGUGCUGGAAUUAGCUGGGCUCUGGUUGUUUGCAAAAUGAAAAACUUUAAUAAAAGGGGACUUCCGGAGGCGGCGCCAUAGGCAAUGGCGGAUUCCCUCUAGUCUUGAGGGAGUAGCUCCGCGGAAAUCGGGUCUUGCCGCUACGGCGAAGCGGGGACCCCUUCGAAAAUCACAGGCGGGUGAGGCCUGUGACCGUGGGACUCGGCGGGCACCCUUAGCGCCCCCCCAAUCUGCGAGGGAACCCUGGAAAGUGUUCCAGAGCGAAGCGGGGAGUCUGGCGCGGUGCUGAGAGUCAACUGCUUCUUCCGUGGAGUGAAGCCGCGCAGCUGUUGCCGGAGAGCGCCAACCUUUUUCCUGUGACAAUUCGGCUAAGAAACAACUACCCGUGAGUAGGUUAAGUCUGAAGAUUGGGGAACUUAAGGGGGAAAAGGAUUAAUUCGGCACUGAAGCGGGAAGGUGUAAACAGGAAGUCCGCCUUCCUUUUAUGUAAAUGGAUCAAAGCAAAGACUGUCAAAGCAAAGAGCCUGAAAAUUGCGUUGAAAGAGACUCAAAUCCUACAUCAACAAAAAGAAAACUCCCUCCCUGUGGUGUGGGAGAGGGGAGGGGAAGUAUCUUUUGCCCGCAAAAGAAGAGAGAAAGGGAAUUAAGACCAUCACUUAAUGCCUGGGAACGGAUUUUUGAAAGUUGGAAUAGCUAUCUUAUUGUUACAAAUUGGAACUGCUAUUGUGUCCCCUUGAGGAACUUGGAAAUUGCUACAAUUGGUCAGGAAAUUUUCCACUCUAAACUGGCCAUACUAAAGGGGAAUUUUCCACCACAAACAAGUAAUCGUGGGACUGACUUUAAUCCUUAGAUAAAGUGUUAUGGCAGACUUGGAUCAGGAAAAAACAACAAGAUCUGGUAAAAUUAAACCUUGAGAGACUACUUUGACAUAAAUAUGAACACUACCAUCGAAAAAAGAGUAAUCUGGGAUGCAAGUAAAGCAGUUAUGAGAGGGUUUCUAAUUCAACAGAAUGCAAUAAAGAAGAGAACUCAAAAUGAGAAAAAAGCUAAAAUUUUGGAAAAAAUAAAAGAGGGGGAGAAGAAACUGAGAGCGAAACCAAAAUCACAAGAGAUUCUGAGAGAAAUAAAGUUAUACCAAGUUCAAUAUAUGAAGAUGAUGAAUCAGGAAAUAGAAUGGAAAAUUAAACAGAUGAAACAAAGGACAUUUGAAUCGGCUAAUAAAUGUGGAAAACUGUUAGCGUGGCAAAUGAAAAAAAGACAAAAACUUAACACCAUUACCAACUUGGAAGUGGAAGGAAAGAACAUCCAGAAUCCAGUGGAAAUUAGAAAAUGCUUCCAGAGGUACUUUAAACAGCUAUAUACACAAGGGCCACAGAAAGAAUGUGAUUUAGACAAAUUUUUAAAAACAAAUGGACUUCAAAAAAUCUCUCAAGAAAAUAAGUUAAUGUUGAAUUACAAAAUAACAGAACAGGAGGUGGAAGGUGCCAUUCAGAACAUGCAGUUGGGCAAAUCUCCAGGGCCAGAUGGCUUAACCUCAAAAUAUUAUAGGUCCUUGAAGGAUUGGAUAAUUCAACCAUUAAAGGAGGUUUGCAACGAAAUUUUGGAGGGGAAAAGCGCCAGAGUCGUGGAAGGAAGCUUAUAUUACACUAAUACCGAAAAAUGAGUCUGAAAAGACACAACUUAAGAACUACCGCCCCAUAUCCCUGCUUAAUGUGGAUUAUAAAAUUUUUGCAGAUAUUUUGGCUAAAAGGUUAAAAAAAGUAUUAGUGGAGGAGAUACAUAAAGACCAAGCUGGCUUUCUCCCGGGUAGACACUUGUCUGACAAUACGAGGAAUAUAAUCAACAUUUUGGAGAUGCUACAAGUGAAUAUUAAUACUAAAGCUGUUUUAAUUUUUGUAGAUGCGGAGAAAGCCUUUGAUAAUAUUUCUUGGAGUUUUAUGAAGAAAAAUCUUCAGGGGAUGGGGGUUGGUCAAGGGUUUGAAAAUGGUAUAAGUGCAAUUUACUCAGAACAAAAGGCUAAACUAAUAGUUAACAAUGUGGUGACAGAGGAAUUUAAGAUAGAGAAAGGGACAUGACAAGGUUACCCAAUGUCCCCAUUGCUGUUUAUUUUGGUCCUGGAGGUUUUGCUAAAUAUGAUCAGAAGGGACCGUCUGAUUAAAGGUAUACAGGUCGGAGCUAAACAGUACAAAUUGAAAGCUUUUGCAGAUGAUUUAGUAUUGACGUUACAGGAGCCAGAAUCUAGUACUAAAAGAGUAUUAGAAUUGAUUCAGGAAUUUGGUCAUGUGGCAGGAUUUAAGUUGAACAAGUUAAAAACUAAGGUGCUUGAGAAAAAUUUAACACUGAUUGAGAAAGAGAGGUUUCAGAAGGAGACAGGUUUAACAUUGGUUAAGAAAGCAAAAUACUUGGGGGUUAAUAUGACUGCUAAGAAUCUAAACCCAUUUAAAGACAAUUAUGAGAAAUGUUGGUCAGAAGUGAAAAAGGAUUUAGAGAUAUGGUCAAACUUGAAGCUUUCCUUGUUAGGUCGAAUUGCUGUUAUAAAGAUGAAUGUAUUGCCAAGAAUGUUAUUUUUGUUUCAAUCAUUGCAAAUCUUGGACAAAAUGGACUGUUUCAAGAAGUGGCAGAGAGACAUUCCUAGAUUUGUCUGGCAGGGCAAGAAGCCCAGAAUAAAAUUUAAAAUAUUAACCAAUGCAAAGGAUAGAGGUGGAUUUGCCCUGCCAGACCUUAAACUUUAUUAUGAAUCAGCAGCAUUCUGCUGGUUGAAAGAAUGGCUGCUUCUUGAGAAUACAGACAUUUUGGAUUUAGAAGGUUUUAAUAAUGUUUUUGGGUGGCAUGCAUAUUUGUGGUAUGACAAGGUUAAAGCACAUAAAGCAUUUAAAAACCAUAUUGUCAGGAAAGCAUUGUUAAAUGUCUCAAUAAGGUAUAAGGACUUACUUGAAAACAAAACCCCAAGGUGGUUGUCACCGAUGGAAGCAAAGGCUCAGAAAAGGCUCAAUAUGGAGACCAAAUGGCCGAAAUAUUGGGAAAUUUUGGAACAAGAAGGAGACAAAUUGAAAUUGCAGAGUUUUGAGAAAUUAAAAGACAAAGUGCGAGACUGGCUUCAUUAUUAUCAGAUAAUGGAGGCAUACAAUUUGGAUAAGAAAAUUGGCUUCCAGGUGGAAAAAUCAAAAUUGGAAACAGAACUGUUAGAACCCAAAACUAAGAUUUUGUCAAAAAUGUAUAACUUGCUGUUGAAAUGGAAUACUCAGGAUGAAACGGUGAAAUCUGCUAUGAUUAAAUGGGCACAAGAUCUUGGACAUAAUAUUAUGUUUGCUGACUGGGAACAGUUGUGGACCACAGGUAUGAAAUUUACGGCAUGUAAUGCCCUAAGAGAGAAUAUUAUGAAAAUGAUAUACAGGUGGUACAUGACACCAGUCAAGCUUACAAAAAUCUACCAUUCACCCGAUAAUAAAUGUUGGAAAUGUAAAGAAAAUGAAGGUACAUUCUUUCACCUUUGGUGGACGUGCCCAAGGAUCAAGGCUUUCUGGGAGAUGAUAUAUAAUGAAUUGAAAAAGGUAUUUAAAUAUACCUUCUUGAAGAAACCAGAGGCCUUUCUCCUAGGCAUAGUCGGCCAGUUGGUGCCAAAGAAGGAUAGAACUUUUUUUAUGUAUGCCACAACAGCAGCAAGAAUUCUCAUUGCAAAGUAUUGGAAGACACAAGAUCUACCCACCUUGGAAGAAUGGCAGAUGAAGGUGAUGGACUAUAUGGAAUUGGCGGAAAUGACUGGCAGAAUCCGAGACCAGGGAGAAGAGUCGAUGGAAGAAGAUUGGAAAAAGUUUAAAGACUAUUUACAGAAAUAUUGCAAAAUUAAUGAAUGUUAGAAUGAUGGUGGAUAGAAACUAAGUGGUCUUUAGCCGAAAUGUUAUAAGGGAAUAUGAAAAGAUGGUUUAUUAAUAGGUAAAAAUCUAAAAUUACAAUAUUUUAUGAUUAAUGAUUAGGAUACAUAAAGAGGGGAGGAUUUGUUGAACUAAUAACUGAACUGGAAUACAAAAAAGGGAGGUGUGAGGAGGUCCUGGAAAUAAGCAAAUGAAGGCUAAGCAAUGGAAGGAAUGAAUUGUUUUUAACUAUUUUUACUUUGUAUUUUCUCUUUUUUCUUUUUCUUUUGUAAUACUCUGAAAAUCUUAAUAAAUAUCUUUAAAAAAGAAAAAAGAAAAACUUUAAUAAAAAUCUUAACAUGCAAAAAGAAAAAAAAUGCCCCUCCCCCCCAGCAGUGAUAGUGAUUUGGAAUAGAAUGUCCCUGUUUUCAACAGAGGAAUUUCGGAGGGUAUGGUACAGGGUAAUGUAGCCUUUAGAAGACAAUGUGGUGUGUAUUGGCUAGGGUGUUGGGCUAAGUUCUGGGAACCAGGGUUCGAAUCCGCACUCAGCCAUGAAACUCGCUUAGGUGAUCUUGGGCCAUUCACUGCCUCUCAGUCUAACCUCCCUCACAGGGUUGUUGUGACCAGAAAAUGGAGAGGAAGAGGAACUAUGGAAGCCAAUUUGAGCUCCAUAGAAGGAAAAAGAAGGGAAUGAAUGAAUGAAUGAAUGAAUGAAUGAAAUGUUAAGAGCUGAGCUUAAGAAUGAGAAAGAAGAAGAAAAGCUGAAACUGACAAAUCUGCUCCAUCCCUAAUGCCCAGGCAGGCUGCCAACUACUGACCCUGGCUGAUAGAUCACAACUCUGCCAUGUCUGUCUGAUGAGUUGAUUCCUCCUUCUGAGCACAGGGAGCUGCUCUUCUGCCCAUCAGCCUCUCCGUGGAGCCACUUGCUUCUUAAGCACAAUCACUCUUGUGGUUUUGGCUUGAAAAGCAAGUUCUGUUUGGAUUUGGGUUUUUAAAGAGCAGCAUUGCUCAUGUUCUGAAUAACACAAAACGAAAAUAAUUAUCUCCAAAGUAUUUAGUCAGUAUGUUAAAAAGAAUGAAUUGUGUGUGUUGUGUUAACUGCCAUAUGUUUGUCAAAAUGCUAAUUAAAAUGUGUGUGCUUCCUGGGCUAUUUUUACUCCUGCAUCCCAACCUUGCUCGGCAAUCUGCCAUAAUGAGGGACUAACAGUUGAAAAUUUCAAGCUCCUGUUUUUGAACAGAGCUUAAAAAAAUAUUUCAUUUAUUUAUUGCAUUUCUAUCCCCUGCACCUCCACCCCAAGGAGCCCAGGGUAGCAAGCAAACACACAAUUUAAGAACAAAAAGAAAACCAAUUAAUUCUAAAACAAAUUAAAGCAUUCUAAAAACAAUCAGAAUUAAAAUGUCUAAAAGCAGUUUCUGUUUAAAAUAUUCUAACAGCUAUCACAGUUAAAAACAUACUUGCAUCCAAUGACCUCAAGAUUUCCAGGAGCAGUGUCCUUCAUCCACCAAAUGCCUGAUUAUACAGGAAUGUUUUCAAAUUCCUCCUGAAAGUUACUAAUGGCAGGGAUCUUACUCGGGAGGGCAUUUCACAAUGGGGGAGCCACCAUUGAAAAGGGCCUGCCAUGUGUCAGCACCGGUCAGGCAGCCCUGGUGGCAGCAGCAGCAAGGCCUCAUCUGGUGAUUAUAGGGUCCAAAAUAGUUGAUACUGGAGAAGGCCCUGUGAGUGGGAGUGAUGACUAGGCAGAGGAUUCCCCCCCCCCCCCGACACACAUAUUUGAUAUCUGCAUCCUUCCACAAAGGGGGCCUUCACCCUGUGCUGGCCUCCCCAAACAAUAGAUCAAACUCAGAGCAACUGGGGUCAGAUAGGCUUAGGCCUUCCAGCCCACAUGGUCACUUUCACGUGGAGCUGCCCUUGGCUUCAGUUACAACGCAGGUGGAAUGCUUCACUACAAUGACACACUUUCCGGCACCUAGAAAAUUAGCACAUGAGGGAUUGAUGCGGAAUCAUGAUCUCAUAGUGUUGGAGAGGACCUCCAAGGUCGUUUAGGGUUGUUGCUCUCCCACAUCUGGAAAGUUGCUGCCAAUCAGCGUAUACAAUGCUGAGUAAAAUAGACCAGUGGUCUGACUUGAUAUAAAGCAGCAUAUUCCUAUGAGAAGGUGAGGGUAAUAUUUAUCCCCCCCCCCUUUAUUUUUUAUCUUGCCCCUUCUCCGUGGGGCUCUGGGUGUCAUAUUUUGCUCUCAUCCACCCACCCAUUAUAUCUUCAUAGCAACUCCGUGAGGUGGGUCAGGCCGACCAAGGGAUGGUUGGUCUAAAUUAACCCAGUGAGCUUCAAGGGUGAGCAGGGAUUUGUUUGCACACAGGAUAUUGUAGAGCUUGCAAAGUGUCCUGAAAACUCCCUCAGGAGGAAAGGUUAAAAUAUUUGGGGCUCUGUGAUUUAGUGGUGGGUGAGGGGGAAGUCAGUAAGAGGGUACCUGUAGAGGUGUACAAGAUUAUCCAUGAUGUCAAAAAAGGUGAAUAUGGAGUUUUUCUCCCUGUCACAUAACCUUGGAACCUGAGCUGGAAGCUGACCGUUAGAAGAUCCAGGGCAGGUAAAAGAAAGUACAUAUUUAGGAAGCACAGAGUUAAACUAUGGAAUUUGCUACCACAAAAUGGCCACCAAUUUGCACAGCUUUUAAAAGGGAACUAGACGAAUUGCAUUUUAUUUGUUUAUUCAUAACAAUAUUUGUAUACCACUAUACCACUUAAAAUUAUUAAAGCAGUUUACAGCAAUUAUAAAAGCAUAAAGAGCAUAAAAGCAUGCAGUAAAAGCUUUAAAAGUUCAAAACAAAAAAACUCAUAAUUUCCUGCAUAGGCCUGGUGGAACAGAACAGUUUUCAGCAGGCAUUUAAAUGUUGGGACAAAAGGAUAAAUUCAUGCAGGACAAGGCUAUCAGUGAUGGCUAGUUGUGGUGGCUUAUUACCUCCGAUAUCAGAGACUUGAAGCUGUUCUGACCACAAAGAUAUCUCACUGGCAGGGAAAAUGUGACCAGCUAAUUCCUUUGCCAGUUGUGAGUUUGUUAAAGUCUCAGGAGCCCAGGCACAAACCAAAGAUGGCAAGUCUUUUUGUGGAACUUCAAAAGACACUUAAAACUUAUACAGUGGUGCCCUGCAAGACAAAUGCCUCGCAAGACGGAAAACCCGCUAGACGAAAGGGUUUUCCGUUUUUGAGUUGCUUUGCAGGACGAAUUUCCCUAUGGGCUUGCUUCGCAAGACGAAAAUGUCUUGCGAGUCUUGAGAUUUUUUUUUUCGAUUUCCCCCCCUUUUUCUAAGCCGCUAAGCCUUUAAUAGCCUUUUAGCAGCUAAGCCGCUAAGCCGCUAAGCCUUUAAUAGCCGCUAAACCGCUAAUAGCACUAAUCCGCUAAGCCGCUAAUAGGGUUGCUUCGCAAGACGAAAAAACCGCUAGACGAAGACACUCGCGGAACGGAUUAAUUUCGUCUUGCGAGGCACCACUGUAUUUCCUCAUUGCAUUUUCAUUUCCCUUCUAAGGGAUGUUUGGGCCAUGGAAUUCAUGCCAGAGUAGAACACACCCUCCUCUACCCAUCUGAUUAUCCUCACAAAAGCCCUGUGUGGUCGGUCAGGCUGAGAGAUAAUGGCUGAGCGGAUGCUGCCUAAGAGCUUCAUGGUUGAGUGGGGAUUUGAACCCCAUUUCCCUUGAUUUCAGCCCCACACUCUUAACUGCUAUGCUGUGCUGGCCACACUUGUCUUUGUUCACAUCCUCUGUCUCUGCCUGGCAAACAGAUCUUGAAAACUCAUGUGCCACUCACAGCCGCUGAGAUUGAUUCAACCAACAACCUCCUCCUUGCCUCUGCUCUCUGCCUUGCCAAGGCAGAAGGAAAAGUGCCAGCUGUCAAAAUAGGAAGACAAGGCCUCCCAACGAGCUAUUUGUAAUGUCUUUUUAAGGUUGCAAAGAAAGCCGACAUCAAUAGCAAAUAAGAUCACUGCUAGCUGCAUGGUUCACAGCAAUGCAGUAUUUUCUUUUAUGAAAAGAAAAGCAGGUGGCCACAUGACCCGGAAAGCUGUCCGUGGACAAACGCUGGCUCCCCCGGCCUGAAAAGUGAGAUGAGUGCCACAACCCCAUAGUCACCUUUGACUGGACGUAACCAUUCAGGGGGCCUUUACCUUUUUUUCUUAUUUCUUUUACACUUCCAGUAUAUAACUUGUGAUCAGCUUAAGUGCAAGAUCACCUUUGGCCAGAUGUGCCCCCGUGACCACUUUGUUCUGCAGAACUGGUUCCAUUGUAGGUGCUGCACAAUACCCAUUCGGCGCUUGUAAGCAAUCAGUCUUGUAGUGUGGCAGCACCUGCACUUUGGAACUCCCUGCCUAGUGACAUCAGGCAGGUGACUUAACUGUACUCUUUCUGGUGCCUGCUAGAAAAAUUUUUGUUUCAGCAAGCCUACCCAAAUAUGCAGAAUGUUGUGUUUGUUUGUUUGUUUUUUAAAAAAACAAUUUGAGUUUAUCACUGACUUUUAUUUUUCUCAAUAGUUGUUUUUAUUUUUCUAAAUAGUUUUUUUAACAGCUUACAGCUUUUAUUGAUAAUUUUAUUGUUUUAUUCAUUUUGCAAACCACUUGGAAAGUUUUUUGUAAAACAACAGCAGCAAUCAAGCAGGAUAUAAAUUCUAUGAAAUAAAUGAAUAAAACCUCUCCACAGUAAGCAAGCAUUGGGAUAGCAAUGCGCACAGCUCAUUUCAAUGGAGCAGUAGAAGCUGGCUCAUUUGGAUGAAUGGGGCAGUACCUCACCAACCUCAGCCUGCUCUCAGUCAGCCCCCACCUGUCUGCUUUCUCACCUGCAUCCAGCCUAAAGGAGGGCCCCAGCCUGUCAGCAUCCUCCUCCUUGGUCUCAGUGUUGCCUCAUGUAGUAUUCAGCAGGGAGGAGAGAGGAGGCAAAGCUAGACUCAGCUGGCUCUGCCUGUCAUUGGCUCUAGUGCUGCCAGGUGCUGGGCUCCAUGCUUACCAACCACAGUGCUGGAUCAUGCCCCUGAUAAUCUGAAUCAGGUUGCCUUGCAAAAGAGCUUGCUGAUAAGAUAUUGCCACUUCCAAAGAUGUCUGUUUAAAACCCUUGUUUUAAUUGAUUAAUUAAUUGAUAACAAAACCCUUUUUGGAAAUAACACCCCUCUCUUAAAAGACCACUUUGCUUUUUAAUAAGAAGUGACUCUUGUCCAAGGAGGCAGUAGCAGUGUUUUCAAUUUAGCUACAGUCAGGGAGCUGAAAUAGGAGUUCAAAGGAAUUUCCCCACGAUAAGAGAAAUGUAGUUGGUAAUGACCUUCCUCAGUAAUUAAAUGCCAGGGUGAUAUAACGGAAGUGGUGUCCGCUGUCCUGUUUCUUGGGAUGAAGAACACUGAUGAGGUGGGUCAGGGGGUCCUGUUAGCCAGAUGAAGAAAUUUGUGUAUGUCUUCAGUGUAGUGCAGGGAACAGAGUGUUGGGGUGGAGAAGACAAUUUUAAAACAUUGUUCAGCCACAACAAGGACUAAGUGAUUGUGAGCUACAUCAGGCCUGGGGGGAAAUGUGGUCCUCCAGUCCUUGGUAUCUGGCCAGGACCCCUCUCCCCAGUCAUACUUCUCACUGUCUCUGCUUUCCACCCCAGUUGCAUUUGCCUGACAGCAAUCUGUCCUUGAACUCUAAUCAUGCUUGCCUAGUGACAUCAGUGGUGCAGAGUGCCUUCCAUCAGCUUUGGAUAGACCUGUGUCUCUAUCUGGACAGGGACAGCCUAACUACUAUUGUCUAUGCUCUGGUAACCUCUAGGUUAGAUUCCUGCAACACAUUAUAUAUUGGGCUGCCUCUGAAGAUGGUUCAGAAACUUCAGCUAGUGCAGAAUUCGGCAGCCAGAUUGCUGUCCUCUGUCUGCUGCCAGAGGCCCAUGGAGGUGGUAGGUGAGGUUCAGCAUGGAGAUUAUUGUUAAUAGCAGGCAUGAAGGAGGCAGGUAGGAUUUUCAGAACCUGGGAGAGCUCCAAGAGAGCUGACGCAUUGCUCCAACAAGAGUUAGAAUGUAGACCUAAUGUGCCUAAAGUAGGCCAAUAACUACUCAAAUUCUACCUCUCCUUAUCUAAGCUGGAAGCAUCUUGGAGGCAAAGCUGUAUGGCUUGAAGUCUUAAGCUUCAACUCCUCUGAGCAACUUGCCAUCUCUGCCUGACUCAUCUUAGUGGUCCUGUUGCAUGCAGAAAUUCAAAUGAGGGGUGAAGAUCAUUUCCUUGAGCUGUCAGGGAGAGGAGGCAUGGUUCAUUUUGAACAGGACAUGGCUUGCUCUCUUCGGAGUGUGACUCUCUGCUGCUGUCAGGGGACCCAUCAGUCCAUCUCCCUGACCUUUUUCUAAAGGCAGCCUGUUGGCUUUUUAACCCCAGCAGGCAAGUGAAAUGCCAUUAACUUUACAAAGGCAGAAAAUUAAUCCAUCAUCUGUAAGAGCCUCUGAAGGGUUCAGUGGAGGGCACUUUGAAUGUCGGAAAGCUUGGAGGAAACUUGCUGUGCCAGUCUUCAGCAGGGGAAGGGCUUAAGGAGAUACUUAAUUUUCUAUUGACUUAAACAUUUUCAUUGCUUGGGUGCUUUGACUGAUGAUUUUGAGCUGCCAGCAGUCAAUGAUUAUGUCUCUUUUGUCUUUGCCAUUGUUCAGGUGGGCAUCCAUAGCUCAGGGAAUUAAAAUUGUGAAAGGGGCUUGAGUACAGUGGCUUUUGAAAGGUGGCUGAUAAUUCUGUAUAUGGCUGCUGGAUUGGGUCAAAGACCCAUCUAACCCAACAUGCUGUUCUCACAGCUACCAACCAAAUGCUUAUUAUAAUAAUUCUGCAAGGGGAACGACAUCCCGUCAUUUCACCACUCGUGGUCCUUUGUAGCUUUCUCCUGGGGAAUAGAGACUGUGUGUGUGUGUGUGUGUGUGUGUGUGUGUGUGUGCAUGAGCGCACCAUGUGUGGAAGAUCCAUGUCAUAAAUCCCUAGUUCAGCACUCACCUCUAGCCAUCGGCAGAAGCUUUCCUUUGGCUAAUGAAUUCUCAGCCUUGCCCACAUGACGCCAUCUUAUGAGCCAAGUAAACAGGUUGAGGUUACUGGGGCUGCAUUUUGAAUCUUAUCAAGAAAACUAGUUCCAUUAAGAUAUACAAAUGGGGAAGGCUCCCAUUUAAGAUAUGCCAACAAUGAAGCAGGUUGUAAGCUGUGGAAAUAAAAUAGAUACAUUUGCUGUUAUUAUUAUAUUUUAAAUUAAUUAAGCGGGGGCAGGAGUGGAGACCUCUUAAUUAAAAGCGGGAACUGUUGUGUGGAACCCAGCUGAUGAAGCUCCCAUGUCCCCAGAUCAUUUGACAAUUUUUAGAGUCAUUCUUGCACCUUAGGAAAAGGGGUUUGGGGCUCAGUUUUUGUUUGUUUGUUCCAUCUUUUCUGUUCCUUUCCAGUUUUCCUUACGCUAUUUCUCCAGUCUGCCCCCUUUGUCUCAACAUCUCUAAAUCAGGCUAUGCGGCCUCAUGUGGCCUCAGUAAAUGAACUCAGCAGCGUUUGAGAUCUUGAAGAAUCCUUUAAAGAAAUAGGCAACAUAGCUUUGAGGGGGAAACUGUGGGAUGUUUACAAUGUGCCUCUUUUUUGCAGCAUCCACAUCAUCACAUCAAUGGCAUCAAAAUGGCAGUCUGUAGUCCCCACCCAUUUAAUCCAAUUUAUUUAUUUAAAAUAUAGCAUUAUUUCUCAAAAACAAAACCCAAAGAGGUUUACAACAACCAUACGACAUGAAAUAUUAUUUUUUUAAAAAACCAUGUAAAAAUAAAUAAAAAUAAGAGACCACCCACUAACUGGCUACCCAGUUAGAUGGGCUACCCAGUUGGAUGGGGUAAAAUAAGAAAGUUGUUGUUGUUGUUGUCCCUAUAUUCAUUGGAGCCAUGUUGGAGGGCAUGCACGCUCAGAAAUGUCCAAGAGGUUUUCCGCUUGCCCUGUGCAGACCCUCAGACUUGGGUCUGAGCAGUUUUCCCUUUGCCCUGUCGCUUUUCCUCGAAAACCUGCUUUUUUGUGAUAAAUCAGAACAAAUGGGAAUCUGCUGAAAACUCAGUUGCUGUUUGCUCUGAUUCAGUGCUAAACCAUGAGUUUUCCCCGGGUGGAAGAGGUGAAGCAAACAGAAGUGUAGGUAAGCCCUAAGUGCCAAGGUUUUUAAAAGUUAUUUUUUCUGGUCUGGAGUUUGAGUCAACCAUGUGAGCCCCCACCUGGAGUCUGAAGCUGUCCAAACAGACAGGUUUGCCACCUCUGUUGGAACAAGGUCAAGAGACAUUUCUUGAAAGCAUAUUAGAGUGAUUGCCACCCGGAGCACAUUGAUGUCAGCACAUGAAAGCUAAAGAGGAGCCGUGUUUUCAGAGACCUAAAUAAUGCCUGGAGAGCAACAGUCAGUGAUGCCCUUGACUCUUCCUCCUGCACCCACCAGGAAGGAUUUGCUUGUUUUCAAAAAUCACCAGUGACAAAGUUGCCUGAUUAGACUAAUUGUCCCAUCUCUCUCGGCUCAGGGAAAGGAAGGUGGCGUGAUGAGGGCCAUUAGCAAUGCACCUCAUCAAGAUGGGGUAAUUUUGCGAGUCACUUGUCUGGGAAUGGAGCAGAGACGAGAAAGCAUCGCUUCUACUUCUGUUGCCAUGCGCUGCUUUUCAGUGUGAGAAAGUCUUCACUUCAGAUGUGGGGGUGGGUGGGCAGGGGAUAUACGAGUAAUGAAGUGCAAGAAAAGUUUAAACUCCAUGUAAUUGCUCACUGUUUCUGUAAAAUCUGUGGCUGUUGAAGUGUGUGUGUGUGUGUGUGUGUGUGUGUGUGUGUGGAUAUGGGAAGCGGAUGAAAGGAAAUGGAAUUAGUAUGAAAAAUGCUUCCAUCACAUCACCAUGGUCUGUGCAUUCUGAUGUGAACGGGCCACAAGUUCCAUUUCCAGCCCCUAAACUCCUAAGAGAAAUGGCCACUCUAAGGAAAUUGUAAGGGAAUUUGGCAAACAGGGUCACGGUUGCCAGUUUGCUCAAUGAAACAGAGGGUGUGUGGAGUCUUGCAUGCCCUGAUCUGUAGAUCAUAAGUCACAGAUAGGGAGCCAACAUUGUGGACUCCAUCCAGGUCACCAAGACCAAUGGUUUAAUAUUAUCAAAACAGCAGCAUCCGGAGGGCUGCAGGCUCCCCAUCCCUAAUCUAAACAGUCAUUGCCACAGUAAUAGGCUCUUGAACAGCCACAAACGAAAGGACCGCACCUUGACAACAGGCAGCCCACAUCAUCAGCAGAGCACAUAAUCUGUAUGUGGGAAAGCCUUGGGUUCAAUCCUCAGCAGCCCUAAAUUAGAUCUUGUUCUUAGUUGAUUAGCAUCAUCAUCGUCAUCAUCAUAUAAAAAUAAAAAAACCUAAGUGGGAGGUAGGGAUGUCAAAGAAUUCUGACAGAAACAGAAGCAGAAGAUGUGGGUGUUUGCUUAUUUUUCCCAAGUCUGGAAUGGAAAUCAAUUUAGGGAAUGCAAUCAGUGUUCACUGUUUUUGUUGCUUUUGGUUUGCAAAGGAUACCUUAUUAUUUAUAUCAUGGCCCCGCCCCACCCCACCCUGCCAUCACAUUUGCACUGUGUUUCCUUUGCAUUGAAAUGAGCUGGGUGGGUGGAGAUGACAAUGUAAUUGAUUAUGUCAAUAGUGUAAGUUAAGUAAUUUUGCUGCAAUGGGCAAAUGAGAUAAAUGACAUAGUAGCAUUUGGGGGUGGGAAGUUCAACCAAGCAGAAGAGUUGCAAAAGACCCACCCCACCCCUCUCUGCCUGAAACCCUGGAAAGCCAGUGCAAGUCAGAAUAUUGCAAGCUUCCCUAACCUGGUGCCCUCUAGAUAUUUUGGAGUUCCAUUCCCAUCCAUCCCAGGUAGUACAGCCGAGAUCAUACGCUGGGUGGGGUUGAUGGGAACUAGAGGACCCAGGUUGGGGAAGCUGGAACAGAUAGUUCAAUUCCCUCCCAGCAUUUUCAUCUGCCCAUGUAAAAAGUAGUAACCACUUCUUGCCUCCCAAUCAGGGCCACAACAGUGGGGAGCCCCUCCCAUGCCCAUCUCUUAGCCAUUCUGGUUGUGAGCCCAGCAGGGCAAAUUAAGGGUGCAAAGGGGGUAACUGAUCACCAUGAGACAAAUAAUCUUAUGCACCCUAAGAACCACCCUCAGACAAGUAUGCAAGUAAAACUUCAUCUCAUGAUGUACUAGGGUCGUCCCGGAUUAUUAUUUUUAGCUGAAUGAAUACAAAUUAUCUGGGAAGCAAAACAGCUGCAUAACAUUCUGGAAAGAAAUGUAAUGUUUGCUUGUGCCUCAUUCAGAAGGUCAUCACAUCUCAAAUGGCGAAUUAAGUUACAGGUUGAAUUGAGCUCACUUUCAUUAAGCCGCACGUGUCUUAUUCAUUUAAAGGUGGCUCUGAGGAUGACUUGUUUCUCAUCUUGGAUGAGUGCCUGGCCUUCCUUAAAACUACCGUAUUUUUCGCUCUAUAACACGCACCCAACCAUAACACGCACAUAGCUUUUAGAGGAGGAAAAUCCGUAGGCAUGCCACCCAUAGGCAUUCCCUCCAUAACAUGCACAGACAUUUCCCCUUACUUUCUAGGAGGAAAAAAGUGAGUGUUAUGGUGCAAAAAAUACGGUAAUUAGCAACCUCUCUCUGCUUAUCUAAAAGGGAGAGACUCCAUGAUUUGCACAGCCCCUGGUAGCUGGCCUGAUUUUCCUUGGGGAAAGGGUCAUAGCACGGGGGGGGGGGGAUUGCUGUGCAAAUAGAAGCCUCCAGGUUCAGUCCCUGGCAUCUCUAGACAGAGCUGGAACAGAGUCCUGCCUGAAGCCCCGAAGAGCCCACUACCAGUCAGGGUGGACAUAGGGCUGGGCAAUAUCUGGUUUUAAACAUUGUGAUGCAUCACCAGCUAAACAUUGUGAUAUGCCAAUAUAUCACAAUGUCUGAAAUAAGGAUUGAGCUGUGAGGAGGCAAUGGCUGGCUUCACGGUUUUCCCCGCAUUGUGAUUUUUGUGUAGCGCGCGCGCACACACGCACACACGCACACACACAGAAUGAUUCAUGAUAUAUUGCCAGGUCAAAAAUUAUGAAAGCAAUAUCACAGUAUGGACUUCAAACUAGAUUUGGACAAUAUAUUGAUAUAUCACCCAGCCCUGGUGGACAGUAUUGAGCUAGAUGGACCAAUGGUCUGACUCAGGUUAAGGCAGUUUCCUGUACUCCCAUUUGAGUAGAAGGUCAUAGCUCAGUCUUAGAGCAAGGGCUUUGCGUGCUCCAGGACCAAUAAAAUGAUCCAAACACAUUCAAUAAUGAGGAGCGGCAGCAUGGCCUGACCUGUCCCCUUGGAAAGGCAGGCAGUAGGAAGGGCAGCCAGCAUGUCCAAUAUUUAAAACACUGUGGCUGGGCAUCUAGGAGUGUUCAUAGCAUAGUUGCAUGCAUGAUUACAUGGAAGUGGAUCUCAGUGGGUUCUGUGCUGACUGAUCCUUGGGAACCACGUUUGGGUGCCCCCAGGCUAUAUUCCUUGCCCACCUAGACCAGACUAGAUCUCUGUGUGGCUGUCCAGGGUCUGAGGUCCCUCCCCUUCCCUGCUACCUGAUACUUUAAAAUUGUUCUAGCUGGGAAUUGAACCAGGGACUUACUGCAUGCAGACCCUGUGCUCUCCUGCUCAGCCAUGGGGACUCCCCCACUGCAGCUUUGAUUUCUUUAUUUCCUUUCUCUUGGCACUUCAGCAGAUUUCUCAUAGCACCCGGUUUGGGAACUACAAACCUAGGGGCUCCCUAGGGGUGAGUGAAUCCACCAGUUUAAGUUUCUCCCAGUUUCCCAUUUUAUUCCAAUCUUAAUUUUUCACAGUAAUUUGUGGUUUCUUUUUAAAAUCCCUGUGAAAAUUCACCAGCAAUUUUAGAGCAAAUUUCUCUUCAUAUACGUAUUUUGUAUGCAAUUUUGACUAACGUGCCAUUUUUAUUUUGCAAAGCCCUCUCCCCGAUUUCUGCUUGCUGAUGUAUUCUUACGCACAUUUUUGUAUCCAUAGUUUGGCUCGAGAGCUGCAGCACCAAAAUUCAGAGAAGGGUGAAUUUCAGCUAAUUGUGUUUUCGUUCCCGUAUUGGUUCAAGAAAUGUGAAUUAGGCCAUUUUUCAUCCGGAUACAAAGGGAUGAAUUUCUCCUGCAGUUCUCAUGUGCCACCCAGUGCAAUUCUGAGCCUCAACUAGGUUGCUAAGUACUAGUGUGAAACCCUCCCCCAACUAAUUUGUCUUCUUUCCCCUUGCUUCUCUUCCUCUCUCUCUUUCUGUGUUUCAGAUUAUGCUUGGCCCUUACCUAAACAAUUGUGUCCAAUCUGGAUUUCCUUAGAUGUCCUCUUUUCUACUGCCUCUAUCAUGCACCUCUGCGCCAUCUCUCUUGACCGCUAUGUUGCGAUCCGUAACCCCAUCGAGCACAGCCGGUUUAAUUCUCGCACCAAGGCAAUAAUGAAAAUUGCUGCUGUUUGGACCAUCUCUAUAGGUAAGUCACCCUCCCUUGUUGCCAGCUAUAACCUUGUAAAUACUGGCGUGGUUUUCUUUUUCCAGCCUCUGUUUACUUUGAAAAAACUUCCAUAAAUUUCAGUUAAUAUGGGUUGCAAUGACUGAUGAUAAUGGACUGUUGCUGCGAACAAUAAAGCUUUCUUUUUAAUUGGCUGGCAGAGUUUAUUAAGCAUUAUACUUCACCUUCCAAUAUCAAUUAUGAUACCCAAAUGGGCAAGCCAAUCAAUAUCUGAAGCUGGCCAAAACCCAGCCUAUUGGACAAUGGUUGUGUGAACAGCAUAGAUACAUCUGCAGCAAAGAGUUGUUGGGCAUGUGCAGGUGUGUAAUACUCUGCACAAACACUUAAACGUGUUAGCUUUAAGAUGCCAGCAACCCCUCUGGGUUUUAUUUCUAAGUGAUCAGUUCCCCUGAAGCCUGAAGUAGUGCAUCCACUGAACCUCCUCAGCCUUCUGACAACUGAAAUGUUGCUUGUCCUUCAUGCCUUUCACAUCCUGCAUCUCCCACCAAACAACUGUGCACUUUGUAAGUGAGAGAGUAGCAUGGAAAGCGGUAGAUGUUGAGAAGGUCUUGGCCCACUUGGUGGGUGGGUUCCUAGGGAUGUUAAGAAAGCAGAAAUAUCCAUUCCAACCUGCAUUCAUCACCACCAGUGCUGCUUCCAUUCCACUGCACUUUGGUUCCCACUCAGUUGUUCACCCUGCAGCCCGCUAUUUAUUGCAAGUGAUGUGAGUUACUUAACUUGCAUAACUCUUUAUGAAGUUUACAUUCAAUGUAAAGGAAAUGACAAGACAAUGUGGUGGUGACACAUUAACUGCUUAUUGUGUGCAGACUUAAAAACAAUGUGAACAAAUAGUGAUCAUAUUCACUUGAUUGGUUUUCCAUUGCUUACCAAAGACAAACACAUGAAUGGCAGCAAUUUUUGCUUCCUUUCCUGUUUUUGGUGGAAUUCUCUGACAUCCCUAGCUCUGACCCAGGUCAGGUUUCUAGGAUGGGCCCAGGACAUUUUACUAGCUGAAACAGAGCAGCAAAUGGUGUGCCCCCCACCCAAGUCAAAGGGUUGUCUUUAAUGUUAGUCCUACUCAGUGUAGAACCACUGGAACCAAAGGACAUGACAAACUCAGUAAAUUCAAUUAGUCUACUUUGAGUAGAACUGACAUUGGGUAGAACCCAAGACUGGUAAGUGAUUUUGUCACCUGAGAUGCAGGGGUAUCUGACAUUUGUAGAACAUUAGGCAUGAGUUGUUUCCUAGAAAGUCACACUAUCCAACUUCUGCAGAUCAAAAACUGGGGUGUCCUUCUUCCUGGAUGUGCUCCCUGGUGAGUCAUGUGGUCUAUGCUGUGCUCUCCCCCCCCCCCAUGUUUUUUUUUAGGGCAAAAUCUUAGUAUGUGCCAUAACAGCCUUGCUCUUUAAAAGCCAGUGAAGUGUCACUGAUGUUUUAGUCAGUGUAGAUGUAACACAGAUAUCCAAAGGUUAGCCCUGCCAAGUUAGCAUCCUUCUCCACCUCCACCCAUAAUUUGAUGCCAUAUACUCUGCUCACAAAGGAGCCAGGAAUUAAGCUGGAUGAUGCAAUAGCUUCAGCCACUGCUUAAUGCUAUCUUGGGUUGUGGGAAAGCUUUUCAGGGGAGGGUUGCCUGGAGCAAGUUUUUGAAGGUUGUGGACAAGAUAUGUGAUCCUUUCCUCUGUUUCUUUUGUAGCUGAUUAAAAUAACAAUUUAAGUUGGUGGGUAUGGAAUGUUUUGGGUGGGCAGUCAGUUCAAGAUAGCUGGCCAUCCUCUCCCUGUACUUGUGGAGCCAUCUGGUGGGCAAGUGGGCUAACCUUGUUUCUCCCAGAGCUCUGUCUGCUUAGCCAGUGCUUGCAAGGAUGUGUAUAAAUAAGGGAAAUUUAGUAUUAGUAUAUUAGUAUAUUGGGAGAAAUGUCCACUAAAAUGCUGGCAACUUUUAAAAUGCAAACUGAUGUCUAAUAUCCACUAGGAAUGAAAGAAACUGACGCAGGGAGAGUUGCUCAUCCCUGUUGUUAAAUGAAAUUAUCAUUAUCCAUUCCAAGCAUAUAAGUGGGGUUAUAAAAUGGGUUAUAAAUCUAAACUGAAAUAACAUAUUUUGCUGCUCCUGCUAUUGUUUUUUGCCUUCCCUUUCCAAAUGGAUCUCUUCAGGGAUCUCGCUGCCCAUCCCAGUCAUCGGCCUGCAAGACGAUUCCCGGGUGUUUGUGAAUGGAAGCUGCGUCCUCAAUGAUGAGAACUUUGUCCUCAUUGGUUCCUUUGUGGCGUUCUUCAUCCCGCUCAUCAUCAUGGUGUUUGCCUACUGCCUGACCAUCCAAGUGCUGCAGAAACAAGCAUCUGUGUUCCUGUACGGGGAGGCGCCCAAGCAGAGGAGGAGCAGCAUGAGCUGUCUGAAGAAGGAGAACAACACGGAGAACCUCUCCAUGCUCCAGAACCAUGAGGCCGCAUCCCACUUGAACUCUCCUGUCAACAAGGAAGGGGUGCUGUUCCGGAAAGGCACCAUGCAGUCCAUCAACAAUGAGCGGAGGGCAUCCAAGGUCCUGGGGAUUGUCUUCUUUCUGUUUCUCAUCAUGUGGUGCCCCUUUUUCAUCACCAACAUCAUGUCUGUCCUCUGCAAGGAAGCCUGUGAUGAGGCUCUGCUGGGGGAGCUCCUGGACGUCUUCGUUUGGGUGGGCUACAUCUGCUCUGGGGUCAACCCCCUGGUAUACACACUCUUCAACAAAAUCUACCGCAGGGCUUUCUCUAACUACAUCCGCUGCCGUUACAACAAUGGCAAAAAGUCAGCGCAGCGGCACAACCAGUGUCCAAACGUCUCGACAACAGCUUUAUACGGGAAAGACCUCAAUUUGAACAGUUACCGCAAUGGGAAUGAACUCAACAGCAUGGAGAUGGACGAGACGGAGGAUGCUUUGGAAAUGCACGUAGGAACCUCAGAGCUCUCGAUAAACAACUGCAGUGGCAAGAAAACGAGUAGUGUGUAAGACUGUUCAAGGACACACCUAUGCUCCGGAUUUCGUUGUGGCUCAGCUACAGACAAUGUAUGUGUUAAUCAAAGAAUGAUGUAAAUAAUGCAUUCUGAACAAAGCAGUCUCUCCUUUUUUUAAAUUUGAACUUUCACAUUUGUAACUCAUCGCUUUCCAUCAUUCCUAAAACAGAAUCUGUACUUACUGUUGAAAGCAGAGGAGGCAGAGCCUCUAUAGGAACAGUGGGUACCAGACCCAAAGUGGCAUUUGUUAUUUUGCUUCUGAAAUGUUGAUUUUUCUCCCCUUGCUGCAUGAACAAAAGUGCUGACUAUUAAUCUCAGGUGGUAUUUUUUUGAGUCCUCAGUGGUCCAUUAUGAGUAGUCACAAAUCAAAUAAAGGGAUAUGGGCUUGGAUAGUUCAACGUUUCUUGUGCUAGCAUUGAUAGCAAACCCUGGAUAAAUGCAUGUUGUGCUUGGUUGUGGUGGAUGAGUUGAUGAAAAUGACUACCUGGAUGAAUGACAGCUGUGGGAAAAGAUUAAUCCCAGG